ACGGCCAAGAACCGGGAGUCGGCCCUGGGCCUGGCUGGGGGCAUCUUUGUGGCACAUCCUCAGCAGGGCUGCUGUGCUCAGGGAGCCCCAGGGGCGAGGGCGGGGCUGCGGAGCCUGUGCCCCGCCCCCCGGCAUCUGGGAAAAGGAAGCGCAAAAAGGGAGAACCGGCCACAGUCACUGCACUCGUUUCCCAUCUCGCUCUCAGGACUGAACGCAGCUGCAGGUGGGAGACCACCACAGAGGGGGAGCUUUCGGCCGCAGCCUAAUAACACUGAGGGUCUGGCAGUGGCCCCCAUGGGGUCUGUGAACUCCCGAGGUCACAAGGCGGAAGCCCAGGUGGUGAUGAUAGGCCUGGACUUGGCCGGCAAGACCACGCUCCUGUACAAACUGAAGGGCCACCAGCUGGUGGAGACCCUGCCCACCGUGGGUUUCAACGUGGAGCCUCUCGAAGCCCCUGGGCACGUGUCUCUGACCCUCUGGGAUGUUGGGGGGCAGAGCCAGCUCCGGGCCAGCUGGAAGGACUACCUGGAGGGCACGGACGUCCUCAUGUACGUGCUGGACAGCACAGACGAGGCCCGCUUGCCUGAGGCGGUGGCUGAGCUCACCGAGGCCCUGGACGACCCCCAUCUGGCCAGUGUGCCCCUCCUGGUGCUGGCCAACAAGCAGGAGGCCCCCCACGCCCUGCCGCUGCCUGAGAUCAGAGACAGGCUGGGCUUGCACAGGUUCCAGGGGCACAGCUGGGAGCUGCAGGGCUGCAGCGCCCUUACCGGAGAGGGGCUUCCCGAGGCCCUGGAGAGCCUGAGGCGCCUCCUGAAAUCCUGCAACCACUGUAACUCCAGAUUUAUUGUUUGUCUUUCACAUUAAAAUCAAUAAGCCCGCGCGCCUAGAGCCCGUGCUCUGCAACAAGAGAAGGCACCGCAAUGAGAAGCCCGCGCACCGCAACGAAGAGUAGCCCCUGCUCGCCGGAACUAGAGAAAGCCCACGCACGGCAACAAAGACCCAAUGCAACCAAAAAUGAAUAAAUAAAUAAUUUUAAAAACUAAAAUCAACAAUUCACCUGGAGUUGAUAUUGUGCAUGAUGUGAGGUAAGGAUCAAAAUUCAUUUUUCCCACAUGGACAUGCAACUGACCCAGUACCAUUUAUUGAAAAGACCAUCCUUUCCCCAUUGUUCUGCAGUGGCACCUUUUUCCUAAAUCCAGUGUCCAUAUAUAGGAAGGUCUGUUUCUGGACUUUCUAGUCUGUUCCAUUGGUCUAUCCGUCUGUUGGCUUUCUGGUGCCAACACCACAUUGCCUUAAUUACUGUGGCUUUAUAUGAAGACUCGAUGUCUGGUAGAGUAAGUCCUCCAGCUUUAUGCUUCUACAACAUUGUCUUCGCCCUCUUGGCCCUUUGCAUUGCCAUAAAAUCAACUUGUUAUCAUUUAAAAAAUGAUAAAUAGAUAAAUCUGUUGGGAUUUUGAUUGGGAUUACAUUGAAUCUAUAGCUCAAUUUGGGGAGAAUUGACUUCUUUGCAAUACUGAGCUUUCCAAUCCAUGCACAUGACAUGUCUCUCUGCUUAUUUAGGUCUUAUUUAACUUCUCUCAAUGUUUUAUAGUUGUUUUUGUUUUCUGUGUAAGCCUUAAUAUCUUUCAAUUUCCC